CCUCAGAUCGUAUAAAUCUUUCGCCUUUUACUAAAGAUUUCCGUGGGGAGGAACAUUUAUGAGUUUUCAACUAAUUUUUUGAGGCCUUGCUUCGGCAGGGCUGCCUUUAUGUGUCAAAAGAUAGAAAGUAUGCUUGCAACAUUUUUUUUUUUUGAGUGCUGUUCUCAGCAUGCAUUUCUAAGGUUUCCAAGUAUGGAAUGUGUUGCUAUUUUUGUUUCUUUGUUCUGAAUUUUCUUGCACCUUUUUUUGUACUGUAUUAAUGUUUCCUGCCGUCCCAAUGAUGCAUGCAAAUCAUGGUUUGGGUUUCUCAACCAGCAUGGAUUUGCGCUUCAACCGCAUCAAAGCCAUCCAGCCUGGAGCCUUCAGGAAUCUGAAGAACCUCAACACUCUGCUUUUGAACAACAACCUGAUUAAGCAAAUUGCACGAAGAUCCUUCGAAGGACUUGACAGCUUGAAAUACCUCUACCUUUACAAGAAUGAAAUACAGAGCAUCCAGCAGCAUGCAUUCAAAGGCCUUUAUUCCCUGGAACAGCUUUACCUGCAUUUUAACAACCUUGAAACCUUGGAGCCAGAGACGUUUAGCGACCUGCCCAAACUGGAAAGGCUUUUCUUGCACAACAACCGGAUUUCCAGAAUCCAGCCGGGCGCUGUCAGCCAACCGGAAUCGCUUAAACGCCUGCGACUGGACUCCAACGCCUUGCUGUGCGAUUGUGACCUGAUGUGGCUGGCAGAGUUGCUGAGGAAAUUCACAGUGCAGGGCAACACCCAGACGGCAGCUACCUGCGAGAACCCAAGGGAGCUGCAGGGGCGCUCCAUCGUCACCCUGACCACCCAAGAAUUCAACUGCGAGAGGCCUCGCAUCACGACCGAGCCACAAGACGCAGAUGUCACCCUGGGCAACACCGUCUAUUUCAUCUGCAGAGCAGAAGGUAACCCCAAGCCCAAGAUCAUCUGGCUCCACAACAACAACGAGAUCGACAUGCAGGAUGACGGGCGCCUGAACCUCCUGCAGGAUGGAACAUUAAUGAUCCAAGAUACCAGAGAGUCGGACAAAGGCGUCUACCAGUGCAUGGCCAAGAAUGUCGCCGGCGAAGCAAAGACCCAGGAAGUUGUGCUGCGCUACUACGGCCACCCAUCCAAACCCAGCUUUGUGAUCCAGCCCCAGAACACAGAAGUGCUGGUUGGGGAGAGCGUCACUUUGGAAUGCGGGGUCUCCGGGCACCCUCUGCCCCGCGUCACCUGGGUGCUGAGCUCAGGGUCUCCACUGCCGCAGGAUCCGCGCUUCACCAUCACCAGCUCUGGGGGGCUGUACAUCCAAAACGUCACCUUCUCGGACCAAGGGCAGUACAGCUGCAACGCGAGUAACAGCGAGGGCUCCAUCCAAGCGACGGCAAACGUCAUCGUGCAAGAUACUCCUAAGUUUCUGAUCAUCCCCACUGACCAGACCGUAACAGAGGGUCAAAGCGUUGACUUUCCCUGCUCUGCGGAGGGUCGCCCGCUGCCAGUCAUCGCCUGGACAAGAGCGGGUGGGCCGUUGCCGAGUGACCGGAGACACAGCAUCCUCUCCACUGGCACCCUGAGGGUUGUCCGAGUGGCCCUCCAUGACCAAGGCCAGUACGAAUGCCACGCCAUCAGCGCCAUUGGGGUCCGAAGCUCCCCUGUGCAGCUCUGGGUGACUCCGCGAGUGAUUCCGGUCUUCCUUCACCCCCCGCAAGAUAUGGUGGCGGAGACUGGACAAGACAUCGAGAUCACCUGCGCUGCCCAAGGCGACCCACAGCCCACCAUCACAUGGGCCAAGGAAGGAAUUCAGAUCACGGAGAGUGGCAAGUUCCACAUCAACAGAGAAGGGACUCUCUCCAUCCGAGACCUGGGGAUGGCUGACCAAGGGAGGUACGAGUGCGUAGCCAGGAACACUUUUGGGUUUACUUCCAGCACCAUGCAACUGACAAUCACAGCUACGAACAUUGGCAGAAGUGGGGACACCUUUGUAGCUACCUCGAUCCAAGAAGCCAUCAGCAGUGUGGACCACGCCAUCAAUUCUACGCGCGCCGAGCUGUUUAGCAAGCGACCCAAAACUCCUAAUGAACUGCUGGCUCUUUUCCGUUACCCGCGGGAUCCAUACACCAUUGAGACAGCUCGGGCCGGAGAGAUCUUCGAACGGACCCUGCAGCUCAUCCAGGAGCAUGUGCAGCAAGGCUUGGUUGUGGACAUGAACGGAACAGGGUACCGCUACAACGACCUGGUCUCCCCGCACUACCUGAACAUGAUCGCCAACCUGUCUGGGUGCUCUGCCCACCGCCGCACCCCCAACUGCUCCGACAUCUGCUUCCACAGGAAGUACCGGACCCACGACGGCUCGUGCAACAACCUCCAGCACCCCAUGUGGGGAGCCUCCCUCACCGCCUUCGAGCGCCUGCUCAAGCCGGCCUACCAGAACGGGUUCAACUUGCCCAGAGGCUUCUCUCUGGCCGAUGACUCCCGGGAGCUCCCCCUGCCGCUCCCUCGCUUGGUCUCGACCGCCAUGAUUGGCACUGAGACCAUCACGCCCGACGACCAGUUCACGCACAUGCUGAUGCAGUGGGGCCAGUUCCUGGACCACGACAUGGACCAGACCGUGGCGGCCAUCAGCAUGGCCCGCUUCUCAGACGGAGCGUCGUGCAGCCAGGUGUGCACCAACGACCCCCCCUGCUUCUCCGUCAUGAUCCCAGAAAACGACCCGCGGGUGAGGAACGGACACUGCAUGUUCUUUGUCCGCUCCAGCCCCGUGUGCGGCAGCGGGAUGACCUCUCUGCUGAUGAACUCCGUGUAUGCCCGGGAGCAAAUCAACCACCUCACAUCUUUCAUCGACGCAUCCAACGUCUACGGGAGCACGGAGCACGAGUCUCUGGAGCUGAGGGACCUCAGCAACCAGAGGGGGCUCCUGAAGGAAGGCCAGGUGGUCCCCAGCUCCGGGAAGCACCUCCUCCCCUUCGCCGUGGGGCCUCCCACCGAAUGCAUGCGGGACGAGAGUGAGAGUCCCGUCCCAUGUUUCUUGGCCGGCGACCACCGAGCCAACGAGCAGCUGGCCUUGACUUCCAUGCACACCCUGUGGUUCCGGGAGCAUAACCGUGUGGCUGCCAAGCUCCUGGCCCUGAACCCUCACUGGGACGGGGACACCAUCUACCACGAGGCUCGGAAGAUUGUGGGGGCCGAGAUGCAGCACAUCACUUACACGCACUGGUUGCCCAAGAUCUUCGGGGAAGCCGGGAUGAAGGUCUUAGGGGAGUACAAAGGCUACGAGCCCAACACAAACGCAGGCAUCCUGAACGCCUUCGCCACAGCUGCCUUCCGCUUUGGCCACACCCUCAUCAACCCUCUCCUCUACCGGCUCAAUGAAACUUUCCAGCCCAUCCAGCAGGGCCACAUCCCUCUUCACAAGGCCUUCUUCUCGCCGUUCAGGAUCACCCAGGAAGGCGGCAUCGACCCGCUUCUCCGCGGACUCUUCGGGAUCCCCGGGAAAAUGCGAGUGCCUUCCGAACUCUUGAACAUGGAGCUGACCGAGAAGCUCUUUUCCAUGGCCCAUUCCGUCUCUCUGGACCUGGCAGCCAUCAACAUCCAGAGGGGGCGCGACCACGGCAUCCCCCCUUACAACGAUUUCCGGGUCUUCUGCAACCUCACGUCCGCGCAGGAGUUCGACGACCUCAAGAACGAGAUUAGGAACCUCGAGAUCAGGGAGAAGCUCAGGAGUUUAUAUGGAAUUACGAAGAACAUUGACUUGUUUCCGGCACUGAUGGUGGAGGACCUCAUCCCAGGCACCAGAGUGGGGCCGACCCUCAUGUGCUUAUUAGCGACUCAGUUUCGAAGACUCAGAGAUGGAGACAGGUUUUGGUACGAGAACCCAGGUGUGCUCAGCCCUGCCCAGCUCACGCAGAUAAGGCAGGUGUCUCUCGCCCGCAUCAUCUGCGACAACAGCGACCACAUCAGGCAGCUGCAGAAGGAUGUUUUCCAGGUUGCAGCCUACCCACAGGGCAUGGUCAGCUGCGAUGAGAUCCCAGAAGUGGAUCUGCGCCUCUGGCAGGACUGCUGUGAAGACUGCAGGACACGGGGCCAGUUUAGGGCCCUCUCCCAACAGUUCCGAAACAAAAGAUCUUCUGGCUUCAGCUACCCAGAAGAAAACCCUUCCAAGGCCAAGCCUGAAGAUCAAAGGGUGGAGGAACCUUCUCAGAACCCCCCCUCAGAGGAGGACCUCGAGGCAUUAGUCAAUGAACUGGGAAAAACCAUCUCCUCUCUUCAGAGAAAGGUUAACAGCUUGGAAAGUCAGCUGAGACUGCAUCCAAGAAGCACCACAGCCAGAUAUGGCUGGCAGCAGAAGAGUGGAGCCGCAUUGAGGAAAAGAUGACCCACUCUGCACGGUGCUAAUGCUGUUUCGCAAACUGUCGUCAAGAUGCACUAGCUGUUCCCCCCAAGAAAAGCCCAUUUUCCUUCAAUUGAGACCCUCACUGUCAGCAUCAUUACGACCAAGGGUCCGUCGAAAUCUGGUCAUCCUCUCUGGACUACUGUGCUUCUCUGAACCCCUCACCCUCUGCACUGAUAAGCCACAGACUCCCCAGAUCCGCAUACUUCCCCUUGCCUCAUCAAGGAAUGACGUAUUCUUGGCUUCUACACUGUCCAGAGCAAUUUCCUUCUGGAAUCUCCUAGGGCAACACUUCCUCUCUUUAAAGCGCUUGGCUAAGAAUGGUGAACGCUGCUUCAGAAUAAAUCCCAUCACCCAGGGAAGCUCUCCUUCCCAUUUUUUGCAAGCCAUCCUGCCCCAUCCAUCCUUUCGCAGAGGCACCAUCACAAAGCGCCGUGACGCUGGGGCCUGAGCAAAGCCCACGUUUGCUGUGCGCACAGGCCUGUGAGGAAGAAAAAAUCCGAAUCGCUGAGCAACUGAUGAACCAAGAAGAGCUUUCGACAGCAGGCUGCAGCAUCCAACAAGAAGGGGCACGUCUGUCGGAAACGGCCCCCUGCCAUGCCAGGUGCAAAGCCAGCCGUGUUGAAAAGCACAGGCGGGAAGAGGUGGACUGAACUCUCCCUUAGGCCUCCUGCUUCUCAACAAUCGCUUCGAAGCUACGGGUGAAAAUUUGAAAGAAACGCCCCAACCGGGUGGAUACACGCUUGGAUACUUGAGCAGAUGCUGAACUUGCUUCUCCUUGGGCUACAUUCCAACAGCUGCUUCUGCCCUUUUUGACAAAAGGCACUUCCACCCGCCCCAAAACUUCCGGGAGGCUUUUGGUCGGCUGGCACAACAACCAACGGUGUUGUGAGCAGGGUUCUCAUUAGCAAAGCAUCUCCGCAGACUGUUCUUUGAUGCAGAUCUGGUUUCCAUUCAGGGGCCCGGUAACCUGCCCAGACAAUCUCAGGGCGCUUCCAGACGGUUGCUGUUUCAUUCACAUACUGGCAAGUUCAUGUUGAGUAAUCAAAGUUGAUUGGGCGCUCUGGCACAACAUAGGAAGCUGCCGUAGACCAUUGGUCCCUCUAGAUCUGUGCUGACUGGCAGUGGUUUUCUCAGUUUUCAGGUAGGAGUCUCUCUCAGCCCUGCCUGGAGAUGUCCCUUCCAACUCUACAAUUCUAUGAUUCUAUACACCGGAAGAAGGUGAGGGAUAACGCUGGCUUUGCAUCGACGCCAUCUAACCUCCCCACAAGCAAACUGGAGCAAAUGCACAUUAAGCAGCCAACUUUCCCCGGAGUGAAAUAGCAUUAAAUAGCCAACAUCAGACAGACAGCUGCCAACACACAACACCUGAGCUGUGGACACAGUCUUGUUCACACUGCAAGCAGUGUGCUCCCGCCACUGGUUUGGGAAGCAGUAUGCACAUGACAUUGGCAGCAAUCCCUUUCUGCCAUUCCUUAUGAAAUACUGCAUUUUGCCGUCUUUAGGGUUUGCCAUAUUUUGACGAGCAAAAAAGAGGUCGCUAGAACGACCCUCAUUUUAAAUAACCCUACUAUAUGUAGGCUCUGUGAUAUAUUGCUGGGGGGGGGCAGGAGAACAGAAGAGGAAAGCAAGUCUUCAACCACCAGUUAUGUCUCAUGCAGAAAUUAUAGCCAGAGACAUUUUGGCAAAUUAAAAAAAAAUCUACCAGGACAGAAAUUUUGCCCCUGAAAAAGAGGGUGUGUCCUGGAAAAAGAGGACACAUGGCAACCCUAGCACUUCUCCCCCCCCAAACCACCUUUGAUCCAAAUUGAGAUAAAGAAGCAACCCAGCAGCAUUUAAGCUAACAAUGUGUACAGAAGUAAAAUAAAAAAAUUCCUUCAGUAG